AUGGGCUGCUGGUGGUGCGAUGAGGAGGGACUCCUACAGGGGCUCGUCUCGGUGGCUGGUAGUGGUGGCUCGCGGUGGUUGGCUGGGCGUGGUGGCAAGAGUGAGGGGGUGGGAGCGCGGUCGUUGUGGGAUUGCCGAGGGAUGGUUUGUGGUGGUGUGGAGAAGGUGGACGACAGUUGCGCCGAUGUUAAGGAUGCGAUGAGAUGUAAGGAUCGGUAG